AUGCUCUCCUCCGCAGCCCCCAAAAGGUACAAGUUCGACCAGAGGGGAAACCUGACCGAAGUAAACUUCCUCGCGUGCAAAAGCGUUGUGCCGCCGCGCAAGUACGUCGACUCGAAGAAUAGCCUGACCUGCUCUACCAACGUCAUCCCGGAGUUCCACCAAACCAAGCACGACUGCACCAUUUCCAAGAUGGCCACAUCACAGGAAAACAUUUUCGAAGCCGAACCGAUAAGUACAAAUGCCUAUAUACAUGAGGGGGGGCCAUCGUCCUUACUCAGCAUGAACAUGGUCCACAGUGUCAGUAACGUUUGCAACGGUGGAAACGAUACAUGUCAGUACGCACCAAAUCAGUGUUGUAAUGUGAAUAUAAUGAGGACCGGAUUAAGUGGCCACGAAAUGAACAACGCCUCUCCAUUACUUUUUGUAGAUGGAGCUCCCUACUGUGGAGACGAUGCAGGACAAGCAAUCGAUCCCGGAGUGGUGGCUGUGUCCAAUGCUCUUUUCGCAUACAACAGCGCAUUUCAGUCCAUUCCGAUAAAGACCUCUCCGAAUGUGUUUCGACGAAGGACAAAGGGGGAAGGGAACUCCGAGUGGUGUAAUGCCUUCGUCACCAGAGUCGACCCCUGCGAGUGCGGAGACCCCGAUGAGCAAUUCAAGCCUUACGAGGUCACCAAGUAUUACGACGAUGGCCAGGUGAAGACCGUGUUCAACUUCGACCAGGACUCCGCUCCGCAGGAGCAGCCCAUGUGA